GUCUGUGUGUGUGGCGCUGUGAGGCCGCGGAUUUACUUUAUGUUUUGUGUUUAAACAGAAAUAUUCUGGUGAUUCGGUUUAUAAAACUGGAAUAAAUCAGCGCCGAGACUAAAGUUUUAUUAAAUUAGGCAGGUUUGGUGCAGCCAUGCCGCCUGUACAGAUCAACCAGGCCGAAGCUAACAACAACAAGGAUGAGCAGAAAGAAGAAACUCCAGCUACAAAACCCAUCGUGGGAAUCAUCUACCCUCCACCCGAAGUGAGAAACAUUGUGGACAAGACAGCCAGCUUCGUUGCGAGGAACGGACCCGAGUUUGAGGCGAGGAUUCGGCAGAACGAGAUCAACAACCCCAAAUUCAACUUCCUGACUCCGACCGAUCCGUACCAUGCCUACUACCGCCACAAAGUCAACGAGUUCAAGGAGGGCAAAGCCCAGGAGCCGUCAGCCGCUGUGCCCAAGGUCAUGCAGCAGGCGGCACAGCAGGCCCAACAGCAGCUUCCACAGAAGGUCCAGGCCCAGGUGAUCCAUGAGACCAUCGUCCCCAAAGAGCCUCCCUCCGAGUUCGAGUUCAUGGCCGACCCUCCCUCCAUCUCGGCCUUCGACCUGGAUGUGGUGAAGCUGACGGCCCAGUUUGUGGCCCGUAACGGGCGUCAGUUCCUCACACAGCUGAUGCAGAAGGAGCAGAGGAACUACCAGUUCGAUUUCCUGCGCCCUCAGCACAGCCUCUUCCACUACUUCACCAAACUGGUGGAGCAGUACACCAAGAUACUCAUCCCUCCAAAAGGGCUGCUGCAGAAGAUGAAGAGGGAAGCAGAAAACCCCCGUGAGGUCUUGGACCAGGUGAGAUACCGGGUGGAGUGGGCCAAGUAUCAGGAGCGCGAGAGGAAGAAGGAAGAGGAGGAGAGGGAGAAGGAACGAGUGGCGUACGCUCAGAUCGACUGGCAUGACUUUGUCGUUGUGGAGACGGUCGACUUUCAACCCAACGAGCAAGGGAACUUUCCUCCCCCGACCAAUCCCGAGGAGCUGGGGGCUCGCAUCCUGAUCCAGGAGCGCUACGAGAAGUACGGAGAGAGCGAGGAGGUCGAGAUGGAGGUGGAGAGCGAGGACGAGGAGGAUGAGCGCGGGAACAGGGGUGAAGGUCGCGCAACCCAGGCAGACCAGGACACACAGCUUCAGGAUAUGGACGAGGGUUCCGAUGACGAGGACACAGUGAAGGCUCCACUUCCUCCUGAAAACCCCAUGCCCCCUCCACUCCCCCCUACGCCGGAUCAGGUCAUCAUUCGCAAAGACUACGACCCCAAGGCCUCUAAACACCAGGUAAUACUUCCUCCCGGCGAUGAGUACCUCAUCUCUCCGAUCACCGGUGAGAGGAUUCCGGCCAGUAAGAUGCAGGAGCACAUGCGCAUCGGUCUGCUGGACCCACGUUGGCUGGAGCAGCGUGACCGAGGCCUCCGCGAGAGGCAGAUCGAGGAGGAGGUCUACGCUCCCGGCCUGGACAUCGAGAGCAGCCUGAAGCAGCUGGCCGAGAGAAGAACCGAUAUCUUCGGUGUUGAGGAAACGGCUAUCGGUAAGAAGAUCGGCGAGGAAGAGAUCCAGAGACCGGAGGAGAAGGUGACAUGGGACGGGCAUUCGGGCAGCAUGGCACGUACCCAGCAGGCGGCUCAGGCCAACAUCACGCUGCAGGAGCAGAUCGAAGCCAUUCACAAAGCUAAAGGCCUGGUGCAGGAGGACGAGUCCAAGGACACGAUCGGCCCAAGCAAGCCCAACGAGAACGCGCUGCUACAUCAUAUGCCCAGCGCGGUGCUCACCAUGCCUAAACCCAGCCCACUUAUCACUGUGGUACCUAGAGCACCACCUGCUAUUCCGCCACAGAUUCGUACCACCCUGCUCUCUGCUGUGCCCAUUAUCCCUCGUCCCCCUAUGGCUCCUGUGGUGCGUUUGGCUCCUGGUCAGGUCCUCACCCCGAUGCCACCCAUGGUCCACACUCCACGCAUCAACGUGUUGCCUAUGCCACCCGGCCCACCACACAUCAUGGCUCCCAGACCUCCACCCAUGGUGGUUCCUGCAGCGUUCGUUCCUGCUCCUCCGGUGCCCCAACCCCCAAGCGUGGCUCCUGCUCCGAUGCCCCCUCCCCGCCCUCCUGUCCCGAUUGAGGAUGAGCCUAUCAGCAAGAAGAUGAAGACGGAGGACAACCUGAUUCCCGAGGAAGAGUUCCUGCGCAGAAACAAGGGUCCCGUGGCGGUCAAAGUGCAAGUACCCAACAUGCAGGACAAGACAGAAUGGAAGCUGAGCGGACAGGUGCUCAGCUUCACCCUGCCACUCACAGACCAGGUGUCUGUCAUAAAGGUUAAGAUCCACGAAGCUACCGGGAUGCCGGCUGGUAAACAGAAGCUUCAGUUCGAGGGUAUUUUUAUCAAAGACUCCAACUCUCUGGCUUAUUACAACAUGAAUAAUGGAGCCAUGAUUCACCUGGCGCUGAAGGAGAGAGGAGGCAGGAAGAAGUGAAUUCUGUCCGUGUGCUACGUGAUCACAGACACACCUGUACCUGUGUGUACCUGUGUGUACCUGUAGGAAUCGGCAUCAUCAUGGUCGUGUGAUGCAGCUCUUAAUCAGCACGUAUUGUUAACGAUGUAGCUAAUUGUAUUACAUUGUAGAUGCUUUUCUUGAAUAAACGUGAAACUCUUCCAGUUUCUGUUAUUGCUUUUGCGAAGCUGCUUUGAUAUCAUUAUGGGAUGUUUGGUGUAUACUUAAGCAAAAUGAAAUAAAUUUGAUUAAAAAUG